AGGGUGAAUUUUUUAAAGGACGGAACUCACGGAAGGAGUAUAUAUAUUGGAUGUGUAUCUCUCUUCAUUCUGGCUUUAUAAUAUAUAUGAUGAUGAUGCUUCAUCGUCUUCAUCGUCACCAACUCGUCGUCCUUGUUGUGGCCUUUGCCGCCACUACGAUAAUUUGCUUCGCCCAAGCCGCUCAUCCCGCCGGCGGCAACAACAACAACAACUCUGCUGCUGCUGCUACUAGUACUACGUUGUUGAACCCCUCCUUUCUCCGCGACAACAAAGCCCGGUGCUUGAGGGGAAACAGAGCAUCCUAUAGCUUUGUGAAUGGCUCAGGGGACGGCAUCACCAACUGGCUCGUCUUUCUUCCCGGAGGUGGGUGGUGCGAGAACUUCACGUAUUGCUUGGACUACGGUUUCAAUCGAAGCACACCCCCCAUCCCAUUUGCACCCUAUAACUAUACUGGUAUAGCCAGCAUCCACCAACUGGAUAACCCAGAAUUCUACAACUGGAACAAAGUUGUAAUCCGCUACUGCGAUGGCUCCUCCUUCACCGGCAACUCCAAACUCUCUCUAAAUGCUCUUCUAGCCGGGGAGUCGGCGGGAGGGGUUGCCACGAUGCUCCACUGCGACAAAUUCAGAGACCUCUUUCCCAGCUCCACUCGGGUCAAGUGCCUCACCGACGCCGGAUUCUUUUUCCCCGCGAAGAGGCAUAACUACUAUGGGACUCAUCAAAGCUAUUUCCUAUCCAUCUUUCAAGGAUUGAUCCGAUUACACCGGUCGGGCAGGGAUUUGCCCAAAUCUUGCACGCACAAAAUGAGCCCAGCGUUGGUAUGAUUUUAUUUUAUCAUAUAAUUAUGAGAGUACUUUAAUUAUUACUACCUCUGUCCCACAAAACACUUCUCAUUUCUAUUAAAAAGUCACUUUUACCCCUUACUUUUUUCAUACAUAACUAUCACAUCAUACCUUUUUACUAAUAAUCUAUCCAUCAAAUCAUACUUUUACCCAUCACAUCAAAGGACAUUUUUGGAAAUUCAAUACCAAAAUACACUCCCUUAAAUCCCUCUUAAAAAGAAAAUGUCUCAUGUUUCCCUACUCACUCCACUAAUUAAGUACGUACUGGUAAUUAAUUCAAUCGCAUUUUAUUACGUACGUGGUUCAUCAGCGGUCGGGCAGGGAUUUGCCCAAAUCUUGCACGCACAAAAUGAGCCCAGCGUUGUGCUUCUUUCCCCAAUAUGUGGGCAAAUCUAUUAAGACGCCCAUAUUUUUCGUAAUGUCGCAGUUUGACUUUAUUGAGACUUCGUAUACAACGGGAUUGGGAAAGUCUUAUUAUGAGGUUUGCGUGAGUGCCAAGAAUUGUUCAUCCACGCAAAUCAAAAUCAUGCAAGAUUUGAGGAAGGAACUAUUGGACGUGUUGCCAAAAGAAAGCAAUGCUUCUUCUACUUCACCAAACGGAUUCCUAAUCCUAUCCAAUCCUGCCCAUACACAUCUUUUACAACCUACUUGGCAUGAUGGUGCCAUUUCUCGGACUCAAGAGACGAUCGCGAAGCAGUUUGGAGACUGCGGUCGGGCAGGGAUUUGCCCAAAUCUUGCACGCACAAAAUGAGCCCAGCGUUGUGCUUCUUUCCCCAAUAUGUGGGCAAAUCUAUUAAGACGCCCAUAUUUUUCGUAAUGUCGCAGUUUGACUUUAUUGAGACUUCGUAUACUACGGAAUUGGGAAAGUAUUAUUAUGAUUGCGUGAAUGCCAAGAAUUGUUCAUCCACCCAAAUCAAAAUCAUGCAAGGUUUGAGGAUGGAACUAUUGGACGUGUGGCCAAAAGAAAGCAAUAAUGCUUCUUCUACUUC